AUGGUUCAGAUCAAAAUCUCAAUGCUGCUCACGACGUUUGGCAUCAUGAGCGCCGGAAUCGGCUGCUCUGCCGCAACUAUCACCAACAGCUUGCUGCUGUCUGAUAUUGCCAAUCAGCUAUCUCUGCCAGCAUCGACAUGGUCUGCCAGUGGUACCCACAUGGCCAAAGGAUUCACCAGCGAAUCAGCGGAGACCGCAUCUGUGGAAGGCUUGAAGCAGGACUGCGAUAAUAUCAACCUCAACAAGAAACUGGCUGUCGAUUUCCGCAGCGAUGUUUUAGGUCCCGGUGUCACUGGCUUCUUUUACAAGUGCGAAAAGGUCAGCGAGGAUACCAAUAAGUACUGGUUCACUAUCAGUGCUGGUGAUGAGGCUCAGAUCGACAAGCUUUGUGACCCGGAUACUACCUAUCCUAUUGUCUAUGACCAGCAGCAUAAUACGUGGUUCAUUGAUGAGCCUUUUGAUUGUACUCAGCGAACAAAUCCGACAGACUUCUUUUAA